AUGGAUGCAGCGAGGAGGAGGGAAAUCGAGUUGCAGACCCAGUCCAAGAGGAAGGCCAAUGACACCUCCUCCAAGACAUCCGGAGAUGCCCAGAAAAAGCAAAAGCAGUGUGGUAAGUCAAGGUAUGAGUACAGGCCGUCUUCAGGUCAGGGCGAGAAAAAUCCGUUGAUAUGCUACAACUGCAAAAAGUCAAGGCAUCGUUGGAAGAAUUGUAGGGCUCCCCCUGCGAGUGCAGUUCCUCAGAUUACUUCUGCUGCUCCUGUCUGCUAUCACUGCAACGAGACGGGACACAAGAAGCCCGAUUGCCCGAAGUUGAAGGCUGGUAAAGGAGGCGGGGGUACAAAUCCUGCAAUUGCAUCGUCUUCUAAGGGACCCACUAUGGUGACACGAGGUCGUGCUCACCAGAUGACUGCGGAUGAGCCGGUGAUUACCAUGACAGUGGAAGGCACUUAUUUGCUAGAUUCUGAGCCUGUUGUUGUUAUGUUUGAUAGCGGUGCUACCCAUUCUUUUGUAUCUCGCACGUUUAUUAAUCGUUUGGGGCAUAGUAUCGGAAAAUUGGCUCGCCCAAUGGUUGUCGAAGAUGCCGACAACCGCACUAUUUAUGUCACCGAUGUUUAUCGGGGUUGCACUCUCGAGUUUUCUGGAGUUGAAUUCCCUAUUGAUCUUAUCCCUAUUGCGAUGCGAGAGCUCUGCGUUAUCGUAGGCAUGGAUUGGCUUGAUGCGUUUGAUGCGGAAAUCCACUGUCGUAAGAAGCAAGUUCGUGUUCGAAACCCUAGAGGUGGAGAACUUAUUAUUCAGGGGGGCAUUCCCCGCCUGGCUAUGGCUUCUUGCUCUUCUACUAUAGCACUAGACGACGUUCCUAUCGUUUCCGACUUCAACGAUGUCUUUCGGGAGGAACUCCCUGGCUUGCCACCUAUUCGGGAGCUAAACAAGUGCACAAUAAAGAAUAGGUACCCGUUGCCACGUAUUAACGAUUUUUUCAAUCAGCUUCAGGGAGCGUCUUAG